GCUGAUGAGCAUCGGAGGCAGCUAAGCAACUACCAAUUAAUAAAAAAAGCAGAGGAUUCUACAAACGUCUCAAAUCGCUACAGCGGGAAUUUAUUUUCUACGGCCAGUGUGUCGCCAUGACGCAGAGGAAAACGUGUAACACUCUGAGUUCCUCGCAGGGAAAAAGACUCAGCAACGCUUUGGGGGAAGAUGAAGGUAUGACUUUCACCCAGCCAAGCAUAUCCCAGGUCCAGAAAAGUCUGGAGCAGCUCUCACCUUCCCAGGUUGACCAGAAGACAGCUGAGGUGAUUCAGUACAUAUUGGUGAAAGACCAGAAGAAGAUUCCCAUCCGUAGAGGAGAUUUGAUCAAACACGUCAUCAAAGAGUACCGAAAUAUCUACCCUGAGAUCAUUAAGCGAGCAGCACACUCCUUGGACCAGGUUUUUGGUCUGAAACUGGUGGAAAUUGAUGCCAAAAAUCACUUAUACAUUCUCAUCAACAAACUGGAGGCCGCUGCUGGGGGCUGUUCCAUGAGGUGCGCUAACCCAAAGACGGGACUGCUCUUUGUGAUCCUGAGUGUCAUCUUCAUGAAAGGGGGAGUGGUCAGAGAAGGCCUAAUCUGGUCCAUGCUCAAGAAACUCAACGUAGACCCUGCAGACCGACAUGAAGACUUCGGAGAUGUUAAGAAGCUAAUCACAGACGAGUUUGUGCGUCAAAGGUACCUGGAGUAUGUGCGUGUCCCCCACACCGACCCGCCUGAAUAUGAGUUUCACUGGGGUCAGCGGGCUGAUUUGGAAGUGUCCAAGGCCAAAAUCCUCGAGUUUAUGGGUCAACUUCAUGACCAGGAGCCUCAGAGUUGGAAGCAUCAGUACAGAGAGGCUCACAGCAACCAAGCCUCCAGUCAGGCCAGCACCAGCAGCCAAAGAUGACUCAACUUCAUUUUUUAUUUACCUUCAUUUAUUUUAUAUUCAUUUACAGACGAUGACAAAUUAUAUGUACGUGUGUUCGCCACUGUUGUUAGAAACACUGAACAGCAUACAUUAUUCAUUCAAUAAGGGUGUCACGAGACACUCAGCGAGGCGAGACGAUGCACAAGAUUGGUUCUACGAAGAUGAGGCAAGAGUUUAACAUUUUACUAAUUUAAUUUCUACUACGUUACACUCUUCUGCAUUCUGCGUGUAUGCUACUGGCCCCGCCUACACCCGAUGAGAUUGUAUGACUGGACUGACAGAGGGGCUCACUCUGUUCAUGUUGUUCAAUGGAACAAACGCAUCAAGGUACUGAAACCAGUGAACCCUCUUCCUUCCUGAUUGGAGGCGGGAGACAAGGACACAGACAACAGACAUGCAUGCUCAUGGCAAUAUAUUUCAUUUAUUGUGAUUUAUUAUCGUCCCAGGCCGAGUGCCCACGAGCCUUUUUUUCUGAAUGAGAAAUCUUGUCACGUUUUAAUCUUGAGAUCUUGUGUCACCCCUAUUCAAUUUUGUUUGUAAACAUAUGAUCUUUAUAGCAGAUGUCUUAUUGGGAAAAUAAAAUUCACUAAAUGGUGGCACUGACAUGUUCAUUUCA